CGCCUGCAGCAGCAACAACGCUCACAGCCACUGCGGCAACUUCAGAGAGAGGGCUCCCGAGGCCGGUGGGACCACGGUUCUCUGCCCGGUUCCCACGGGGCUACGACCCGGCAGACUCCCAUUGGGGUUGCAGACGCCUGGUGAGCUGCAGAAGCCGGUGGAGAAGAGCCCGGAGCGCCUCGGUUCUGCAUCAGCCCCGGCGCUGCCCUCUACAGGCUCCCUGCUCUCCGCUCCCAGUCUCGGGCACCAUGGACACCUCCUGCGUCCGCAUGCUCUUGUCCUUGCUGGCGCUGCUGCAGUUGGUGGCCGCCGGCAGCCCACCGGGACCAGAUGCGAUACCGCGGGACUGCCCAUCACACUGUCACUGUGAGCUGGAUGGCAGGAUGCUGCUCAGGGUGGACUGCUCCGACCUGGGGCUCUCCGAGCUGCCCUCCAACCUCAGCGUCUUCACCUCCUACCUGGACCUCAGUAUGAACAACAUCAGUCAGCUUCCCGCCAGUCUCCUACAUCGCCUCCGUUUCCUAGAAGAGUUACGUCUUGCUGGAAAUGCUCUGACACACAUUCCCAAGGGAGCGUUCACGGGCCUUCACAACCUCAAAGUGCUUAUGCUGCAGAACAACCAGCUGAGACAGGUUCCGGAGGAAGCUCUGCAGAAUUUGAGAAGCCUUCAAUCCCUGCGCCUGGAUGCCAACCACAUCAGCUAUGUGCCACCCAGCUGUUUCAGCGGCCUGCACUCCCUGAGGCACCUGUGGCUAGAUGACAAUGCUCUCACAGACGUCCCUGUCCAGGCUUUCAGAAGUUUAUCAGCCCUGCAAGCCAUGACCUUGGCCCUGAACAAAAUACACCACAUAGCAGACUAUGCCUUUGGAAACCUCUCCAGCCUCGUGGUUCUGCAUCUCCAUAAUAAUAGAAUCCACUCCCUGGGAAAGAAAUGCUUUGAUGGACUCCACAGCCUGGAGACUUUAGAUUUAAAUUAUAAUAAUCUUGAUGAAUUCCCCACCGGAAUCAAGACACUCUCCAACCUUAAGGAGCUAGGAUUCCACAGCAACAACAUCAGGUCAAUACCGGAGCGAGCGUUCGUAGGCAACCCUUCUCUUAUCACAAUACACUUCUAUGACAACCCCAUCCAAUUUGUUGGAGUAUCUGCUUUUCAGCAUUUGCCUGAACUAAGAACUCUGACUUUGAAUGGUGCCUCGCAAAUUACUCAAUUUCCUGACUUAACAGGAACUGCCACCCUGGAGAGUCUGACUUUAACUGGAGCAAAGAUCUCAUCUCUUCCCCAUUCCGUCUGUGAUCAGUUACCUAAUCUCCAAGUGCUAGAUUUGUCUUACAACCUGCUUGAAGACUUACCCAGUUUGUCAGGCUGCCAAAAACUUCAGAAAAUUGACCUGCGGCAUAACGAGAUCUAUGAAAUUAAGGGCGGCACUUUUCAGCAGUUGUUUAACCUCCGAUCUCUGGACCUAUCAUCCAAUCUCCUGUCAUCCUUCCCCGUGACUGGGUUACAUGGUUUAACUCACUUAAAAUUAACGGGGAACCGAGCCUUACAGAGCCUGAUACCAUCUGCAAACUUCCCAGAGCUCAAGAUUAUAGAAAUGCCGUCUGCUUACCAGUGCUGUGCAUUUGGGGGGUGUGAGAAUGUCUAUAAAAUUUCUAACCAAUGGAAUAAAGAUGAUGGCAACGGUGCGGACGACCUUCAUAAGAAAGACGCUGGGUUAUUUCAAGUUCAAGAUGAGAGGGACCUAGAAGAUUUCCUGCUUGACUUUGAGGAAGACCUGAAGGCCCUUCACUCGGUGCAGUGCUCGCCUUCCCCAGGUCCCUUCAAGCCCUGUGAGCACCUUUUUGGUAGCUGGCUGAUCCGAAUCGGGGUGUGGACCACGGCAUUACUGGCUCUUUCCUGCAAUGCCUUGGUAGCUUUGACGGUGUUCAGAACCCCUCUGUACAUCUCUUCCAUAAAGCUGCUAAUUGGGGUAAUCGCGGUAGUGGACAUCCUCAUGGGGGUCUCCAGUGCUACGCUGGCUGCCGUGGAUACAUUCACUUUUGGCCGUUUUGCACAACACGGUGCGUGGUGGGAAGAUGGAAUCGGCUGCCAAAUCAUUGGCUUCCUGUCCAUUUUUGCUUCCGAGUCGUCGAUCUUCCUGCUCACUCUGGCAGCACUGGAACGAGGUUUUUCUGUCAAGAGAUCUUCGAAAUUUGAAGUGAAAACUCCCCUUUUUAGCCUGAGAGCGAUCGUUUUGCUGUGCGUCCUGUUGGCCCUGACCAUUGCCACAAUCCCCUUGCUAGGAGGCAGUAAGUACAACGCCUCUCCCCUCUGCCUGCCCUUGCCCUUCGGGGAGCCCAGCACCACGGGCUACAUGGUGGCUCUCGUGUUGCUCAACUCUCUCUGUUUCCUCAUAAUGACCAUUGCCUACACGAAGCUCUACUGCAGUUUGGAGAAAGGAGAGCUGGAGAAUCUUUGGGAUUGUUCUAUGGUGAAGCACAUUGCUCUGUUGCUCUUCACCAACUGCAUCCUUUACUGCCCCGUGGCUUUCUUAUCCUUCUCCUCUUUGCUAAACCUCACAUUUAUCAGUCCUGACGUCAUUAAAUUUAUACUUCUGGUGAUUGUCCCACUUCCUGCCUGUCUCAACCCGCUUCUCUACAUUGUCUUCAAUCCCCAUUUUAAGGAGGAUAUGGGCAGCCUGGGAAAGCAAACCCGUUUCUGGACGAGAUCAAAACACCCCAGCCUGCUGUCCAUUAACUCGGACGAUGUUGAGAAACGGUCCUGUGACUCAACCCAAGCCUUAGUAUCCUUCACCCACGCCAGCAUAGCCUAUGACUUGCCUUCCAAUUCCGGGUCAUCACCAGCUUACCCGAUGACUGAAAGCUGUCAUCUCUCUUCCGUUGCGUUUGUCCCGUGUCUCUAGUUACUAUGAGAGAGGAACUUUUUUUUAAGAGUUGGAAACCUGAGAAAUGAUUUCUAUCAGAGCAGUAGCUAAGGAAAGCUGAGCUAAAACCUACCUUAAAACCCAAGCAAGCAUCUCUAAAUUGAUAUGGAAACAGUGAGACCUUAGAGCGGGAGAGCAUCGUCAGUCUAAACACCGCUUGUAUCACUUGUUCAGCUAAGAAGGAAAGCCAUCAAGUCAUUUAGAUGAACCCAGAUGAGAAAAGCAGACUGAAAUGCUCUUCAAAUUGUAUUCUCUUCAAACUCACCAGCAUAGUGGGGAAGAUUCGUUGGACGACUCAAUGGGUGUAUUUAAAUCCUCAAAUUCCUUUUUUUUUUUUUUUAAGGUUAGAGUUUUAAGAAAAAAACAUAAGGAUCUUUAAUGGGCUGUGUUGCCCACAGAGUUUAGUUUUAAUGACUACACAGAGAUGGUGGUGUGUCUUUUUGCCUUUUGUCUGACAGGGUCCUUCCAAGACACCAGUUUCUUGGAUUGAUAAUGCGAGACAUUUUUAAUCCGUACAUAAAGUUAAGAUACUGGGUUCUAUAGAUAAGCAUCCAGUGCAUCCUCCCUUGGUGAAAUAAAACUGGUUUCAAGUUUUUGGAAAGGAACAUUAACUUAAAUGGUUCCUAGAGCAAUUAUAUAUAGGUAAAAUUUGAUUAUUCUGAUUCGUCUUUUAAAAUCCUGGAGUCUAAAGCUCAGAAAGUUCAUUGUCAGCCGUGGGCACACCUACGAAAGACAGUAUGAAAUUGUCAGAUUUGUAUUUAUUUCUGAGUAGGAGCAUGCUUUUGGCGAGAUGUUCAUCACUGUCUCAAAUGGCUGUGCAUUUUAAGUGCUCAAACGCAGGGCGUAAGUCCGUAAGUCCACUGUGUAACUUCACACACCCAUCUCUGGUAGCUCUAGCAACAAUGCCUCACCACACUUCGGACUCCACAGAAGUUGGGCAAAGUAUGAUUCUGUGUAUUUAGCUUGGUUUUAGCAGUGUCUUGUUUUCGGAUCAACCCCUUGAUAUGAAGAACAUUGCUUCUCUGCUUAUUCCAUAUUAACAUGGGUGUUCGAUGUUUCAAGAUAAAUUGUUAAAUCUGGAAAGUGAAAGGUUUAUUCUUAACUUCUGUGAUCCUACAUUAGCUUCGUUGUACCCGAACCAAAAGGCUAUUAGGUAGAUUUAUUUUUAUAUAUGCAUGUUUUAUUUUGACCAGAUGUUUUAAUGUGGAAUUUUUUUAAAAAAAUACAUUUAUGAGAUGUUUUAUAAGAUGUGUACAUAUAGAAUUGUAUUUAUUGCUACAGAAAAGAUACAGUGACAUUAAAGAACAUGAUAAUAAACCGUGUACAGUGGCCUAUUCUCCCAAACAUAUUGUUUCUCUGCCAAUUUUCCCAAUGCAUUAACUGUACAUAACACAUGUAAAUACAUAGUGCUUGUAAAUAGAUCCAGAAUUUGCUUUUCUACCGGGCGCAAAAUAAAUUUGUAAUAAAA